GCUCAGGUAGAAGCAGAAAUGGACGUUCAUAGUAGAGAUGUCUAUUCACUUUUCUCUCUACUUUUGUCUCUUCUCCUCGUUUCAUCUUCUCUCCCUUCUCCUACCGUCUCUGCUUCGGUCGCCUGCCACCCAGAUGAUAAAAAGGCCCUCCUAAGCUUCAAGAAUUCUCUGAAAAUUUCAGAAACAUUCCCCUACACCCCCUGGAAUCCCGACACUGAUUGCUGUGGCUGGGCCUACGUCACCUGCGAUCCCAACACCAACCGCGUCGCCAAGCUGCAAAUUUACAUGGCCACCAUCUUCGGCCAAAUACCGGCUGGCAUCGGCGACCUCGUCUACCUUGAAACCCUAGUCAUGUCCAUCUUGAAUAACGUCGACCUGCCUGGAUCCAUCCCCGACUCCUUCACCAAACUUCAGAACCUCAAAACGCUAGAUAUCAGUUGGACCCCUCUCUCCUGCCGCAUCCCAGAAUUCUUGGGCCACCUUAAAAGCCUCGAGUACCUUGAUCUCUCCCAUAACCACCUCUACGGACCCAUUCCAUCUUCCCUCGCAAAUCUCAAAAAUUUGAAACAUCUUCGACUCAGUGAGAACAAACUCUCUGGCAGGAUUCCGAACUCGUUUCGCGCGCGCCAUUCAAACGUGCAACUGAUCGACCUGACCUACAACAAGAUUGCCGGCGACGCGUCGAUGUUUCUAAGGGACAGUGGAAAGGCAAGAUGGAUCCUUUUGUCGGGGAAUCGGCUCAAGUUCGAUAUGUCAAAGGUGAGGUUUCCAAAGAACUUGACGGCUCUGUAUUUGGCGCAUAACAGGAUUCGAGGAAGGAUUCCAGAGAAGAUCACCAAGCUGGCUCUACCAGAUGCGUUGGAUGUGAGCUACAACCGGUUGUGCGGGAGGAUUCCUGUGGGUGGGAAGCUUCAGAAGUUCAUUCCCAGCUGGUUUAUUCAUAAUCGGUGUUUGUGUGGUGCGCCGCUCCCAGACAAGUGCAAGUCGUAAACCGGCGAGCUUGAGCAGGGUUUAUCCGGGAGAGAAAUUAAUCUAACUACUUUUUAAAAUGCCUUUAAGCGAUG